GCUGCUCCCUCAGAGUCCCCCCGGGACGGGCGGCCCGCAGCGGUGUUACCGCCGAGGCAGCGCUGACACGGCUGUGCUGAUCUCACUGUGAGUUUGCCCUUGCCGAGAAUGUCGAGGAGAGGCCAGGUCUGUUGCUGCUGUCCAAUCCGGGCUAUAUGAAAAAUUAUAGCCAGGUCACACUGACUGGUUGCUCAAAGGCCUUGCGGGAAAACGUGCUGCAAGGAGGACUGUCCAAUUACCAUCAGAGCCAGGAGAAGGAAAAACGUCCUCAGCGAGAGCACUGUCAGGCACAAAGCUGCUCGGGGGUCACCAGCCCAAGUACAGUCUUUGAGGUAGAGAAGAUUUCCUUGGAAGUUCUGCAGAGUCCUGGCAAUCUGUGUCCAGUAAUGUUGUCACCAUCUCUCAACGAACCAGAUUGGUGCUUCAAGAACGCGGGAUCUUCCCUCAGAACUCCAAAGAAAUUAAUGUGCAUUUCCAUUCAAUCAGCUGAGGUUUUCCAGGUGCUUUCAGUGAUGCCGGGAGACAACAACAGUCCCUGAGUUGAAUUCUGCUGAAAGAGGGGACACUUGGAGGCUUUGGUUUCUUUAUGCAAGGACUGCCCAGAGGAUGACAUCUAAGGAUGCUUCAGGUGAAGCUAAUAGUAACUGGAGAUGACUUUGGCUAUUGUCCUCGGAGAAACCAAGGCAUCGUGGACUGUUUCCUGGCCGGUGCGAUAUCUAACGUGUCCCUUCUAGUCAAUGGAAGUGCUGCAGCAGAUGCAGCGAAGCUGGCAAGGAGGUACAGCAUCCCAAUAGGCCUUCAUGCCAACCUUUCUGAGGGCUCCCCUGUGUGCGAGAUGCUCAAGACAAACUCUUCUCUGCUCAACCAAGAUGGAUUCUUCCAUGGAAAAAUGGGAUUCAGAACAGCUCUAUCAAGAGGUCUCCUGAACAUGUCAGAGGUGAAGCAGGAGCUAAAGGCCCAGGUGGAGCUGUUCCAUGAGCUGACAGGUCACCUACCUCCUCACAUGGAUGGGCACCAGCACGUCCACGUCCUCCCAGAGGUCAGGCAUGUGUUUGCAGAGGUGUUAGAGGAAUAUGGGAUUAAGUACACUCGUGUCCCAGUAGAGCCAGGCCUUCAUAACUGUGACUGGAUUCCACCAUCCCUGAUGGACUUUUACCUGGGAGUAGAAGAAGAUUCUUUUAACACAGUGGAUGUGUUUACAAAGCAUGGAAUAAGGUGGCCUGACAUUUAUAUAGGCCUGAGCACCAUGGGCAAGAACAUGUCUGUGAGCAGCAUCUGGAGUGCCAUCAACUCUGCCAUCGUGGAGGUCACAUCCAGGGCGCCCUCGCCUGCACACCCGGCACUGCAGAGCAGGACAGUGACCAUUGAACUGAUGGUGCAUCCGGGGUACCCCAGUGUCCCACCCGUUGGUGGCUGUGGGGAAGGACCGGAUGAUUUCUCCCAGUCCUGGGAGCGCCUCCAUGAACUCCAGACGUUAAUUAAGCCGGAGCUGCAGAGCCAUUACAAAAGCAGGAACAUUCAGCUGUGUUCAUUCAAGGAUCUUUAAAUAAAUGAGCAGACAUCCAUCCACCCAUCCACCCAUCCAUCCAUCCAUCCUCUGAAGCCAGGUAGUUGCUGGUGUCCAGACAAGCCAGACCACUGUUACCAGUGUCACACUCCCUGGCACAGCUGACAGGAGCUGAGAACAGCCUGGGAAUGGAAGAGCGUUACCCUGUGAGCGGCUCCAGGCAGUGCCCCAGAGCCACGACUGUCAGUUUUUAGGCCACGGCAUCUGCUCUGAAUGUGACAUACCCCUUCUAUGACACCCCAACACAGUGCAGGACAGUGACUGAGGCCCAGCUGCCUCCCAGGGCUCAGCUCCUGUCAGCGAAGGAGCAGCACAGAGGUGUGCUCUGUUGUGAGAUGCUUUGCACCAUCAUUUCUCUUUUUAGACUUAAUGGUCCAUAGGUACCAUAGGUACCAUCAUUUCUCUUUUUGGACUUAAUGGCAAAAAAAUAAGCAUGCUGGGGGAGGAGGUGCUGCUUUGGAGCAGCCGCUUGGUGUAGGUCAUGGGAGGCCUGGAAACCUUCAGCAUUUGGUUUUCCUAAAGCACUGUCAUGGUCCCUGCCCCUCCACUUAUCCCUGCUCAUAGAUGGGGAGAGGCGCAGGUCACGUGAUCUUCAGAGUAUUCCUCUGUUCAGAGCAGUCAGAUAAUACACCUGGCCCAGUGGCAUCUGCAGCCCCUUCCAGGAGCCACCUCAGCCGGCAGUAAUUUUGUCCUUGCCUAUUUACGUUGCCUCUUGGCGUUAAGCUCCCAUAGGAAAGUAACAUCGGCCACAGCCCUUUCAGAGAGGCUUUCUUAUUUUUUGGAUGACUUUGCAAGAACAGCAACUGUUGACCCAUCUGCUAUUUCAGUGUCUGCUGUGUACAAGAGCAGCAGCAACUGAUCCCGCCCCGCCCACUGCCCCUCAGGACAAACACAGGGACAGCCCUGUGCCAGCUA